AUGUCCACGUAUGAAAAGUACAAGUCUGGCAAUGUGGCAAAUAGAUAUGAUUUGAUUUGGUUGGAAUUUAACGGCGUAUACUUUAACUUCAAAGACGGGUUUGUUCUAAAGAGCUUUGAAAGGAAUUUAGAAGUGCAAUUGACAGAUGAAUGUCUUGAGGUCAUGGGAUGGAAAGAUGCACAAGAUAUACCGGUUAUAACCUUAGAGGAAGCUAUAGGAAAAUGGCAAGUAAUAGGCCAGGGGUCUACUUAUGUCGAGGGUGAAGAAUUGGUUUCAAAGUAUUUGGAGGCGAGACGUAACCGUUUUGCUGGAGUAAUUGUAGGAAAUGGUAUGUAAUCUUGAUGUGCUAUAGGUUAAGCUACGUGGGAAUAAACUGCUUGAAGAAAUUUGCUUUUAGUAUGUUGAGGUUCCCUGGUCACAAAGAUCUCGACAAAGAUCUCGAUCUUGUGUCAGGAAUGGUACAAGACAUAACGUCAAAUAUAUUGUCCCUUUCACCAGGGCUUCCCUACUAAUGGUUAAAUUUCACAUGGUUCUUCAAGGAGUGUCUCCUCAGUAAUUAGUCACUAACUUUUUCUAGGUUUAUGA